UGAGACUCAUUCGUGCACUGACUUGCCUCUGGUGAACAUUGUAACUUUUCCAGCGUGCAAAUUAACCAACUUCAAUUUCGAUACUUGUACAAGGACUUGCCAAGCCCUACAAUGUUGCGCGUGGCUGCCGUGACAUUGUCGCUGCUGGCGACGCUGACAUCAGCAGAAAUCUACGGCGGGUUGUUCUCCGCCUGCCCGGGCGGCGCUGGUGUCACCGACCCAUACGUGAUGACCCAACAAUUCUGGAACGACCUAACAGCGAAUCCCGCGUCUGGGCUACUGAUCGCCUACGACGGUACCUCUGAAGACGACAAAAUGAGAUGUCAGAGUGUUAACCUCUUUGUCGACUAUAGGAACAUCACUCUUCAACUCGUGGGUAAAAAUGCAACGGGGGGCCAAGUCUCGUACGGGGGAAAAGGAGUGUCUUCUUCAAUCGACGGCGUCUUUCAGCUGAAUCGAGUUACCCAACCCCCUCUCACUCCCUUCCCGGCUUAUGUCUUGGGGUCAUCGUCGACAGGCUCAACAAGCGUCUACCUCGCGUACGUCUCGCCUACGGAGUUCAUCAUCAGGACCUGCCGUGGAGUGUUUAUGAACACACUCCAUUCGCUGUACGUGUUCACCAGUCAAUUGGGUAAACUUCAAAAUUUAAACUCAACGACGUGCUUGCUGAACACCGUGAAGUCUCUGCCCAACAACGGCGGCUUCAACCUCAAGCUAGCCAAUUGGACCGUCUGUGGCGCGUAGUGAGCUGCCAGUUACCGUCACCGCUGCCAAUACUGGGCUGGAGAUGACUUUUUCGUUGAACUGUCAACAAGUGGCGAAAAGAAAUUGUUCUAUUUAACCGGAGUUAAAAAUUUAAAACAUGUAACAUAAUCAAAUAUCCUCCUACUAUUAAGCAUUUAUAAUUCAAUUAAUCAUUGUGGAUUAUAUUACUUGCAAUUUAUAUCUACUUCUAUUUAAUUUUACCGCGCGCCAAAUCAGAGAAAUGAAUGGUUAAUAUAAUUUGAACGCUAGGUCCCUCUAAAAUUUUCAAACAGACAGAUGAAAGGCAGCCGCCUGAUUGGAGAAUAAAAGUUAGACGUGC